GCCAUUAACGAAAAGCUCAGUCAAGUUUUGUGAGUCGAAGGAGGCACACCAGUCUGUCCGUGCGCAAACGAUAACACGACUAUCGACACGUUGUUUCUUUUAUUUGUGGAUAUUUCUACCGCAUUUUUUUCGACAUAGAGGAAGUGUAUCAAUAGACGAGUGACCCACAGAGUGACCCAAGCGCUGUCGCUUUAAAGCGAACACCUCCCCUCCCCCCAAUAUUGGAACACCCCCCCCCAGUCACCCAGAUAACAUGGACGGAUUCUAUGACCAGCAAGUCCCAUUUAUGGUCCCACCCAGUCACAAGUCCCACGUGGAAGAGCAGUCUCACAAUAGGCCUCUGAAUGACAGAAAAAGGAAAUUUGUCGACACAGAGCUUGCCCAGGACACAGAAGAACUCUUCCAAGACCUCAGUCAGCUGCAAGAGAUCUGGAUUGCGGAAGCCCAGGUGCCCGAUGACGAACAGUUUGUCCCAGAUUUCCAGUCGGAUAGCUUGAUGUUUCAUGGCCCGCCACCAGCCAAGAUCAAACGAGAGCUGACUCCCUCCAAAGAGCUUUCUCCCUGUCGCCAGGACAGGAGUCCCAUGCCCUACGGAGAGAAGUGCCUUUACAGCUACAGUGCCUGUGACAGGAAGCCCACUCCUGGGUUCAAGCCAUUAACUCCCCCCUCAACACCGGUCUCUCCUUGUGGCCCCACCAGCACAGCAGGAGCACACCCAUUGAGCGAGCAGACCCCACCACCUCACCCCCAUGUAGCGAAUCCAACCCCAGGACCGCGUCCACUGCACGUACAGCAGCCUAUAACGGCAAACGCCGGGUCUCCCAACCAGCGAGCACUCUCAGUCCACAGCCAUAGCCCACCCUUUGCCGUGCCCUGUGCACCCAUCAACCAGGAUGCCAACAACUUCACACCUGAGCACAGGUUCCAGAGGCAGAUGUCGGAGCCAUGCCUACCUUUCCCUCCAUCAGAGAGUCAAGGGCGCCCCCAGUUCUUGCCCCAGCCCGCCAGCAGCAACAACAGUCUGCCACGUGACAGCAGGCCACCGUACCACCGGCAGAUGUCAGAGCCAUUGGUAGCUGUGCCUCCCCAGGGUUUCAAGCAAGAGCUCAUAGACCCACGAUACACUGAGCAGGGCGUCCCCACCAUGGGUCCACCAGCGGGCCCUCCGCACCAGCCUGCUUUCCAUCCCAUGGCCAUCAAGCAGGAGCCUCGGGACUUCUGCUUCGAUUCUGAAGUGCCUAACUGUCAGUCAUCAUUUGGGAGAGCAGGGAGCUUCUACCAAAAUAACCAUGAAAGUUUCUCCUUUGACAGAGAUCCUCAGCUGUACUUUGAUGAUACCUGUGUGGUCCCUGAAAGAUUAGAAGGUAAAAUCAAACAGGAGCCUUCCGUCUAUCGUGACGGACCUCCCUACCAGCGCCGUGGCUCCCUGCAGCUCUGGCAGUUCCUGGUCACAUUACUGGAUGACCCAGCCAAUGGCCAUUUCAUAGCCUGGACUGGUCGUGGUAUGGAGUUCAAGCUAAUCGAACCCGAGGAGGUGGCUCGUCGCUGGGGCAUUCAGAAGAACAGACCGGCCAUGAACUAUGACAAGUUGAGCCGCUCGCUGCGUUACUACUACGAGAAGGGCAUCAUGCAGAAGGUAAAGGUGGCUGGUGAGAGGUAUGUGUACAAGUUUGUGUGCGACCCCGAGGCUCUCUUCUCCAUGGCCUUCCCUGAUAACCAGAGGCCCAACCUGAAGGUGGACCCAGACAGCCUGCCGGGGCUGGAUGAGGACACCGUGCCCCUCACUCACUACGAUGACACUGCUCCCUACCUGCUGGACGCUGGGGAGCAGUGUGUGGCGGGCUUGCCCUUCCCAGAUGGCUACGGCUACUAACAAGACGCAUGGGUCCUGAUGCACAGCACACAUGUACACUCAAACACUCCCAAAGUCUCUUGACGCCCACUCUCAAAAUCCAGAGCUGGAACUGCUGAGCCAGGUGGAAGGAAAUCCUCGCUCUGCGCUCCCUCGUGGUUCCCUCUCCUCCUCCCUAGAAGACCUUUAUAAAACUCUGUAAGCUCCCAAAAGCUAACAAAGAAGAGGAAAACCCUGCCACAGUUCUUCUACUGCACCAUCAUAAGAAAGAGAGAAAAGGAGAGGGUUGUUAAUUCAGUGAGGGUGAGCUGGACUCUGUAGCUCUGCCCACCUUACAAGCUUCCUAAAAGUAAGGCAAGGGACUGCUGUUGCUAUGGAGACCAAACAAAGCUACACCGCCAAGUUUAAUAGAUUGGACAGAUGUCCCCCUGCCUUUGUACAAGACUGAAAGAGUUGUUACAUUUCCGAGUUUGUGACAAUCUGCUUUUCUUAAAACAAUCGAAUAAUCAACAGAGUAACAAAUAUCCAAUCUAAUGAGAUUCUAGAUGCAGCACUAGUCUGUAGAUGCCCCUCUCCCCAUUUACAUGUCACCACAUCUCAACUAGACGAUCCGUGAAAGGGCUUUAAUUUGCAAAGACGGAUUGACAACAAACAAAACAACAUAUUUUACACCAACAAAUCAGUUUGUUUCCUGUAGAUAGGACUACAUUUUUUUUGUUAAUAUGCCAGCUGUUCUACGGUUUUGUUGAGACCCAGAACUCUCAGGUUUCUGGGGCUUUGCUGUAUUUCAGGCUAGAUGGUCGGGCUGCUCUCUCGUGUAAAUGUUGCGUUCUUUAAUCGUUCUGCCCAUGUACGAGAUUGUAUCUGCUUCCCUUUAGAGACUGCGCCCCAGAGUCUAUACAGUACACUCCUCUCAUAGUUGUCACUGCUGGGUCCUUUUAUUGCUCAAGUUUAGAGAUGAUUAGCACUUCAUCUCCUCCAUUUCAAAAGGGAUACAUAACCCCAGUGCAAGUGUUCCAGAGGCAUUGAUAAUUCAUAAAAAGCCUAGGAAGUUUUUGUGUAUGAUAAAUGGUCACAUUUGUAUUUCUGUCUGGGUGCUUAACAUUUCCUUGGCAGUGUACUAGUUCCUCUGAUGCACCAGUAUGGCAGGAGCAUCAGAACGUUGCAUGUAAAAAAAAAACAAAAAAAAAACAACAAAGAAAGGUGACAUUUUGACGCUCUGUUUUGGACCUCUGCCAGUCACAAGUUGUCAACAGGAGACUUCUGCUUCUCUUUGCAUGGUGUAAUCAUUCAAGACUGUGUCCACUAACAUAUCGCUUUACUGUCUUUGGACAAAAGAGAUAUUUGUGAUAUUCUCUGCAGUUUUUUUUUUUUUUGUGUUCAUUAUGUAUGUUUCUCAAUGGGGCAAAGACAAACCUAUAUAAAGUAUAUAUUUUUGCUAUAAGGCUGCAUUUGUUUUGAUUUUAAUGUAUAAGCUGUAUAGUUCUGGCUCUAAUAGACAUGUACCUUUUUAAAAACCAAUUUCAGUCCUUAUGCUACUACUGCAGACUGUUUUCUUUAAAAGGCCUCUGUACUGGGUUGGAGAAUGGAUGAUGAGAUGUGUGUGUGUGUGUGCGUGUGUGUGUGUGUGUGUGUGUGAGAGAGAGAGAGAGAGAGAGAAAAUGCCAGAGUUCCUGCAAAGGCCACAGUGAAAGACACAUAUUGUGGGAUCCACCCCAGACAUGGGAUAUAGUCUGCACUUGUAUAGGCUUCAGUCCCCUCCCCUCACAAUGUGUUUUCUUACACUGCUGAGUUUAUUAUAAUCUGUACUGGGUACAAUAAACAGUCCUUUAUGCUCCA